AUGUGGAGGAUUUCCAGAAUUCUCAAGAAACCUGUGGUGGACUCGGGCGACCUCAGGCGUCUCAUGCAAGACCUGGAGACUCUAGUCGAUUAUGCUGAGCACUGUGCGAUAGAGAACCUCGAUGGUUUGCCACCUAGAUAUGUUGCGGAGAAAUUGGGGUUUGCAUUUCUGAUGAUGGAUGGAAUAUACGCGGCGACCGAGGUACUAGGAGCGAAGGCCAGGCGCUCCGAAUGGUGGCAACAAGUCAUCGACAGACUUCCAGUUUAUACUAAUGCUCCAGAUCGGGUUACUCUACCUACCGCGGCUCAGCAAAAGGUCGGUUUGUGUCGGCUUAUGUGGCAGGCUUUGGAUUAUUACAGAUGCGGCACACGCCCUCCAUCAUAUUUGGUGGUUGCGAUGAAACAACUUCUCCUGUGCACGCCUGCAGUGCCGCAAUUCUCGAGAGGCCCAUGGGCAGAUUACGUCGAUGAUGAUACAGAGUGGCAACAGUCGCAAUGA